AUGCGAAUAUUCUCUCUUAAGCCUUCUGACGACUCGAAUCGUACCAUUGAAGUAGAACUUCUGCGGUCCCUUAAACCUCAUACAACGCCCGUUGUGACGACGGCGAUUGACCCUACGAGCUCUCUCCUUGCAACUGGCAGUGCGGAUGGCUCCAUAAAAGUUUGGGAUCUAAGAAGAGGGUAUGCAACACACACGUUCCAUGGCCAUGGGGGUGUUAUUUCGGCUAUGUGCUUCUUUGAAAUUGCUCUAGAAAAGCUCAACGAGAAACAGAAGCCCAAAUUCAAGAAUAUCCAGAGCAACGAUGAUGACCAAGCCAACUCUAUGGCUUCCGGCUUUCGCUUAGCAUCCGGGAGUGAAGACGGCAAAAUCAGAAUAUGGGACCUUAGCAAGCGUAAAUCGGCCGCGUCCCUGGAUUCCCAUGUAUCAGUCGUGCGCAGCCUAUCCUUCUCGAGAUCAGAAAAUACCCUUCUAUCUGCCAGUCGGGAUAAAACGGUGAUCAUAUGGGAUGCGACGACAUGGGACUGCAAACGGAUCAUACCUGUCCUUGAGAGCGUUGAAGCGGCUGGGUUCUUAUCGGACGGCCCAUUCUGCUAUAUCGGUGGCGAGAACGGCAAGUUGAGAGUAUGGGAUUCUAGUAGGGGAAGUGAAGUCACAGAAGACCAGCCCAUAGGAAGUGAACAAGAAGCCAUUGUCACAAUAGAAUAUUCUGACAAUCUACCGUUCUUGUUGACUGUUCAUGUUGACCAGUCUUUGAAGAUUCAUUCCCUCGAGCCAUUGUCCUCCUUCGCACAUGGAGGUAGAAUUGAGCCGCUGCCGGUCUCACGACAAAUUUCCGGUAACGAUGAUGAAGUUAUUGAUAUGGCCUGCAUUGGUCGGGACAGGUCAUUACUUGCAUUGGCCACCAACUCAGAAUAUAUAAGAAUUGUUCGCGCGAAUUCUAUGAAUGAGGCUGAAGGAUCUGGAAGCCACUUUGGAGCCGAUGUCGCUCGACUUGAGGGUCAUGAGGAAAUCAUAAUUUGCCUUGAUGUCGACUGGUCUGGAAACUGGCUCGUGACUGGAGCCAAAGACAACAGUGCCAAGUUAUGGAGAAUAGACCCAGUCUCUUCAUCUUUUACCUGCUUUGCAACUUUCACUGGCCAUGCUGAAUCAAUAGGGGCCAUUGCGUUCCCGCGGUCAGCCCCAGCUGAAGGUACACCUGCCUUUGAAGAUCCCCUCAACCAUCCACCCCCCUUUUUCAUUACUGGUUCCCAAGAUCGAACUAUCAAACGAUGGGAUACAUCCAAACUCAAUGUCACAGGAUCAAAACCGCACACUCCAAAGGCACUCUAUACUCGAAAAGCCCAUGAAAAAGAUAUAAAUGCGCUUGACGUGAACCAUUCAUCCACCUUAUUUGCAUCUGCUUCACAGGAUCGUACUGCCAAGAUAUGGUCUGUCGAGGAUGGCGCGGUUACUGGUGUUCUUCGUGGUCAUAAGAGGGGCGUAUGGUCCAUUCGAUUUGCUCCCAAGGACACACCGAUUUCUACCACUACUCCUGGUUCAAUUAGCAGAGGGAUAGUUGCCACUGGCUCUGGCGACAAGACUAUCAAAUUAUGGAGUCUUUCAGAUUAUAGCUGUCUUUUGACAUUCGAGGGCCACAGUAAUAGUGUAUUGAAAGUACUAUGGCUCCCGCCGCCACAUAUCUCUCAAUCUGAUGAGGAUAUAUCUUCUCGAGGGGCUGCACAAAUCAACCCCCUAGUUGCCUCCGCCGGCGCUGAUGGAUUAGUGAAAAUAUGGUCCCCAUCCACUGGUGAGGUAGAGACGACCCUAGAUAACCACACCGACCGCGUCUGGGCUUUGGCAACUCCUUACACACUUUCAUCCGUAACGCAGAGCCAGGGAAAUACGACAGAAAGCAACUAUGAUUUCUCCUUGAUCUCUGGUGCUGCAGAUUCUGUGGUGACUUUCUGGAAAGACACGACCUCAAGCACCUUGUCUGCUGCAGUCACAGCGAGCUCUGAACGGAUUGAGCAGGACCAGCAACUUCAAAACUACAUUCACGCUGGCGCUUACCGUGAGGCCAUUACCCUUGCUCUUCGUCUAAACCAUCCGGGUCGGUUACUGUCUCUAUUUACCACAGCCAUUGAUGCGACUGAGGAUACCGCGGAAAGAGAUCCUGAUAACUUGACGGGAAACGCCGACAUCGAUGCAGUUCUUAAGACAUUAGACGAUGAACUCUUAUACAUUCUUCUAAUCCGCCUGCGUGACUGGAAUACGAAUGCUCGAACUGCACGAGUGUCACAGCGUAUUCUAUACGCACUUUUCAGGUCAUACCCGUCGUCCACUUUUAUUGAGCUUGCUGACCGAAAAUAUGUCCUUCCAAAUGAUGGCAAAUCAGGAAAAUCAGCCGCUAUGAAAGAUAUUUUGGAAGCAUUAGCUGCAUAUACUGAGAGACACUAUCGGAGAAUCGAGGAGCUAGUUGAUGAAAGCUACCUCGUGGAAUGGGUUCUUGGUGAGAUGGACGGAGGAGUGGGAAGUGCAGCACCAGCACUUAAUGGUACAGACGAGGAGGAUAUAAUUAUGGUCUAA